CAUGCCAUGCCGGAUGUUGAAGUCCUAAACCGGCCUUCAAGGGAAGGCGGAGACAAUUUACAAGAUCGAGGGGAACUGCAAAAAGUGCACUCAAGCCAAACAUGUGCACUAGCAAACAGUCCAACACCAUGCGUGAGUAAAGCAAUGUGCCACAUCCAGGAACUCACGGACAAACUGGACCACUGGGUCCAACAGGUAUCUGAUAAACAGGAUGAUAUUUCCGAAGGAAAAGUAAAAAACGACGGCAUCUCAAGGUUUGAUUCGUCCCAUUCGAAGACUCGCACUGAGCUGCGUAUCAAAGGCGUGGCGCUUUGUUAUGAAAAUGAGACGUUGUGUCCCUUCUGGAAGGGGACAGGUGGCGUUCUGCUGGAGGUGGUGUCACUUAUCAGGCGCCUGGAGUCAGAUCGGCAAGAGGCCAAGGAGGCACUGCAAGAGGAACAGCAUAAAGCGCAGCGCCUGAGAAGAAAACAGGACACUCUCUCUCUGUGGAAACAGCAACAGUUUCCAUUAGCGGUGCAGCUCGAAUACGAAGCCUGCAUCAGAGACAUCGCAGAGCUGAGGUGGCAUCUUCGAGUCACUCACGAUCAAAUGCAGCAAGUCAGAAAUAUUCUGAAGCAGGCUGAGACACAGAAUCGUCAGCUGCUCGAGAAGAUUGAUUUUGUAAAGAAACAGGGUCCACUUGUGAAGGAGAAGAUGCGCUUAGAAAACGGGAACACGAAGCAGAUCGAAUCGGCCCUCAUGGAGGCUACUGAGGUGCUCAGGAAGUUGUCCCAUGAGCUGAGAAAUUCCCAGCAGGAGUUGGAGAAUGAUGAAGUGAAGAUGAAUAACAAAAGGGCUGCCAUCACACAGACGCUCAAAGACGUCCGCGCUCAGCUUAAAGAGCGAAUAACCGAACUCCAGCAGCUGAAGUCUUCCUGGGAUGUUUCGUGUGCAAGAAUGCGUAAGGCUGAGGAAAAGGUUGUGUUUAAAGAUAAACAGGUUGAUGCCAUGCUCCAGCAGAUCCCCAUUCUAGAAACACAAGAGACCGAAAUAAGCAAUGCUGUUAUGGAACUAAAAGCAAAACUGCAAAGUCAUGAAAGAAAACUGGCAGGAAAACAAGAUGACUUAACAAACUUUCAAAAGCGGCUCCAAGCAACUAGGCAUGAAGGUGAAGCAAAUGUCUGUGAGUCUGAGGAGAUCUUCAGCAGGAAGCGUCAGGAGCUCUUGCGCCUGCGUGAUAAAAAUAAAGAACAUGAAAUAGAAUCCGAGGACUACAAUAAGAAGAUCUGUCAAAGCAAGCAGGCGGUGCAGCAGCUGCAGAAGGAACAAAAGCGGAUACUAGAGAAGAUCAGUCAAAAUGAGGAACAGAGGGAUCAGGCCAAGGGUGAGCUGGCACUGCACACUGCCCGCCACAUGAACACCAAGGCUCGGCUGGAGGACCUGAAGCAGCAGACACUCGUUCAGGAGCAGAGCAUGAGGAAAGAGACAGAAAUAAUGAAGAUGCAGCUGAUGAGUGAGAUGAAGCUGGGAGCAGUCCUCAAGGGUAACAUCGCUUCACUUAUGAAGGAAUAUAAAGAGACAGAAGCCGAUUGUGAGAAAGAGAAAGACGAGGUAGUGAAAGAACACGAAGACGCCUCGGAUACAGUCGCCCAACUGGAGACGGAGACGGUUAAACUGAGAGAAGUACACACAGCCAAAUUGAAAAAGAUCGAAGACUUGAAAAGGAAACUGAGUGACGUCCUGAGCGCGCACAAAACCUUGACCGAUGAUCUUGACGAGCAGAAGCGUGCCCGUCUCGACCAUCUGCGAUCAGCUAAAGAAGCCCACAAGACAGUCUUGGUGGGAUGUGAAGAGGUUUCCAGAAGGAUCGAGGAGCUCAGGGUAAAGUGUGAAGAAUACAGAAAGGAAUCAGCAGUCGUGGAGGACACGGUUACUGCCAUGCCGCAAGUCCUGGAAGAACUACAGAGUGAAUCUGAUACGGUGGAGUACAAGCACAGCUUGAACACCACAGUGAUGUCCAGCCUGCAGAGUGACAUGGCGGCCUGCAGAAACAGGACAGCCCUUUCAAAGGAGACUCACUCAUCCCUCCUUUCCCAACGGCAGGCUGUGAUGCAAGACAUGAAGGCUAAUUUGAGGAAAGCUCUAAAAGAGAACGCGGAGUUGGCGCAGGAAUACAGGGAGCUGCAGAAAGCCGUGAUGGUUGCCAAGCGAGAAGCCGUGUUCACGUUGAGCGAGAAAAACAGAGCCGAGGCCUCUUUUCACAAUCACACACAGCUUUCAUUGUUGCAGAGGAGGAUGCACAAAGCCAUGCUGAAAUACUUCAAACACCGCAGCGUCUACAGCCAAGCAGAGCUGGCCUGUUUCCAGGCCCUCUCCAACCAGAACAAGCAGAAAAUGAAAGCCCUCCAGGAGGACUGGUCCAGAGCAGUCCGGCGCAUCUCGGCCUUCCUGACGGACGCCAGGCACGAUGCAACAGCAGACAAACAGAGGCACGCAGACCUCGAUGGACUGAACAGGCCGAUGCCUACGGUGCAGAUAGCAGAGUAAUUGGACGCUCACCUUUGCACCAGACAACUCACUUAUAACCCUUUUCAAGCAUGCUUCACUCUCUCUCUCACUCUGUCUCUCUCUCUCCAUCUCCAUCCUCUCUGCUCCUCACAGUCCAAUCCAUAACAAU